AUAUACCCUCUUUUAAAACUACGAGGACUGCUCCAGUCGUUCACACAUCCACCAACGCACCAACGAUGUCGUCUGGACCACCUGCAGAUUACGCACCCGGCAGUCUAUGGUGUUACGCACCGAACAAAGGCGCGCCAAUAGCUUUCGCUGUGAUUUUCUUCGCGUCAGGUAUUGUGCACGCCUACCAAUGCUUCCGCUAUAAUUCCUGGAAAGUCAGCGGCUUGCUGCCAUGGGCCGCUAUACUCUUCACCGCGGGUUUUAUAACGCGAGAGAUCGGAGCAUACCACUACGAUAGUAUAGGCAUAUACAUCGCGUCGAGCGUUCUGUUGCUCAUUGCAGCUCCGAUCUACGAAGGCGCAAACUACUUCCUGCUCGGACGCAUCCUCUACUACGUUCCAUAUCACGCUCCCCUUCAUCCCGGCCGCGUCGUUUCGACCUUCCUCGGCAUCGAUGCGGCCAUCGGUGCCCUCACUGGUACUGGCGCGUCCUACGUCGCCAACAGCUCGCUGCCCGAGUCCCAGCAGAAGCUAGGACAAAACCUCCUCAAGGCCGCGCUCCUGCUCCAGAUCGCCUCCAUGACCCUGUACGUGGGUAUAGCAGCCCGGUACCACUACCGCUGCCGCCGCACUGGCGUCCUCAGCGCCAACCUACGCAAGGUCCUCGUCGUCCUGUACUGCAGCUGCACGCUCAUCACCGCGCGCACCAUCUACCGCACCGUCGAGUACUUCGCCGUCGCGUCGAUCAGCACUACGACGGACGACCCGGGUAACAUCAGCCCCGUCGUUUGCCACGAGUGGUAUUUUUGGGUGUUCGAGGCGACGUUCAUGUUCGGGAACACCGUCCUCUUGAACAUCUUCUACCCCUCGCGCUACCUGCCCAAGAAUAACAGAAUAUAUCUGUCGGAGGACGGUCAGACGGAAAUCGAAGGACCCGGGUACGAGGACAAGCGGCACUUCUUACUCACCCUUUUCGACCCCUUCGACAUUGUUGGUCUCUUCAGAAAGAAGGAUGUGAGGUACUGGGAGAUGCAGAACAGAGGCGAAUGUUCUGAGACGGCGACGCGUCCCCAUACGGCCUGAAGUUCUCACAUAGUAGGUGUUCGUUGGUAGUGCCAUUUGGGUAUGCUCGAGUCUUCCUUGUAGAGGCCGCGUGCCACUUCAGUACGG